CAGUGACGCCGGGCCGAGCGCGCGCUUCCCCCCCCCUCCAGGCUCCUGGAAAUUCUAUCCGCGCGAAAGGAAGGCGAAGGGAGGGAAGGGGAGAACGGAGGCCGUAGCGGCGCCUGUGCGCCGGGGACCUUCACGGGGGCGCCAAAGGGCAUAGAGCUACGCAUGCGUGAGGCCGGCUGAGGUGGUGACGGCGCAUGCGCCUGGUGUGCCUUGAAGGAGCAGGCAGGGGGACGUGCGCAUGCGGAUUUAUUUUCCUCCUAUGGCUGAGGGGAAAGGCCGAAUUGGCACCGCCCAAGGGGCGGGAGAACAAAAGCCAAGGCUCCGCCCCUGAAUUCCACCUCGAUCCCUGCGCCCCACGUUGCGCUUUCGGUUGCCUGAAGGAGUCCUAGACUCAGGUUGAACAUGCCUGUGUUGUGGAUAAUGCGCCAAGCUUCCCGAACAGGGACUCCAGUAUGCUUAAGUCUUACCCGACAUCUCAGCAACACAACCCCAAGAGCUUCCUACAAAUAUGUAAAUCUAAGAGAGGAGCCAACAGACAUGAAAUCCAUUACUGACAAGGCUGCACAGACUGUCCUAUGGACAGAACUUAUCCGAGGCUUGGCUAUGACCUUGAGCUACCUCUUUAGGGAACCGGCCACCAUCAACUAUCCCUUUGAGAAGGGUCCCCUGAGUCCCCGCUUCCGUGGGGAGCAUGCUUUACGCAGAUAUCCAUCUGGAGAGGAGAGGUGCAUUGCCUGUAAGCUUUGUGAGGCUGUUUGCCCUGCUCAGGCAAUCACCAUUGAGGCAGAGCCCCGUGCUGAUGGCAGCCGCAGGACCACUCGCUAUGACAUUGACAUGACCAAGUGCAUCUAUUGUGGAUUCUGCCAAGAAGCUUGUCCCGUUGACGCCAUUGUGGAGGGACCCAACUUUGAGUUCUCCACGGAAACACAUGAAGAGCUUCUGUACAACAAGGAGAAGCUGCUCAACAAUGGUGACAAGUGGGAAGCUGAAAUUGCUGCUAACAUACAAGCUGACUACUUGUACCGGUGAUGGAGCACUUACUACAACCCUACCACAUCCUCACCAGCCGAAGCCAAGUCUGCAAUAAAGGGCAUGCACUCAUUGUUUGUCUCCCUGUGUCUUGAGAAUGAGGAAGACAUUGUAGGCAAACUUUUUGAAGAUAAUGUAGAAUGCAGAGUCCUACUUGGAGAGGAAAGGAUGAGGGGGCACAUGAUCCAUCUUUUCUUUUAAUGUAGGAGUUUUUAUUGCUGUAAGGGGGGAAAUUUAAGAGGCAGUGUAAGGGUGUUGGUCUGGGAACAGUUGAUGGAUAAGGUGAGAGAAAGGAGAACCUAGAUCUGUUUUUAGACCUUUUUUGUUGUUGGAAAGAUUAUUUACUCUUAUAUUUCAGGUAGUGGCCUCAAACUUUUUGGACAGGUGUAUAUAUUUGGAAUUUUGGGUGUGUGUCAUUGGUGGAAUCACAAAAUGGCUUUUAUGUUGGACCUGGCUCCUAUUUCUGGUAGGGGCCCCAAACACACUCCUCAGACUCUGUGAACAUGCACACACACAAACUGCACAUAGUUCCCAUCUGCACAAAUUCCUGUCCUUUCUCUCCACCUUCCUGCCACCAGUUGGCUUACCCAAGCUUCUUCAUUUCUCACCAGCUAAACAGCAGUGACGGGGCUCCCCCCCUUUUUUUUACAAGGCAAACAAGAGUGUGCUGCAAAGCACUGGGCUCCAGCUACCACUUGUCUUCAUCUCGUGGGAAUGCACUUGGGCCCAUGUGUGGCACUGAGGCAGUGUGGGAAGAUGGCAGCAGCUGGAGGCCAGCGCUUCACUUUACAGUAAGCCCUGGGAACCACUGCAUUCAAAACAUUGUGGAAUCAAUUCAGAUAUUCUGGAAAACUUGUUAAGGGUUCCAUCAAGGUUAGAAACAUGAUGCAGGCAGAAAGCUACCUUUCUCCAAUGUGGGCUAAGCAAGAACCUUCCCCACUGACAGAAUACCUUUCCUCAUAAAGUAUGUUUUCUCACAUGAGAGGGAAUUUUAAAGAGGUAACUUACCUCCCUCCACCUUGGUGCAUUCAGUUUGGAGCAGUUGUAGGAAUCCUAUACUGUUUGUAGGAAUCCUAUACUGUUUGUAUUGGUUCUGAAUAGAGUUGAAAAAGCUGUUUUUGUACUAAGAUAGCUAUUGCUCAAAGCAUUCUUAUCUCUCUAUUCUGUGGUGAAAGCUUUAUCAGUACUUGCUUGUUUAAGAUAUACCUGGGUGGAUAAAGGAGGGACAUGUACUCAAAACAUAAAAAUGUCUUGCUUUGAGAAGCAGGCACAACCUUCAGCUACAAGAACUCUUGUCUGCCUCUUGCAUUUUGUUCAGUCCUAGAAAUCCUGUUCUCCAGGCAGAAAGCAUAGUCUUCUUUUGUUCACAUUGGUCUGCACCACUACUGGUCUGUAAUAUACUUAUGGGGGUUCCAGCAGGCCUCUCAGAAGCUGGGUUGCAUUAUCUCUGAACUCUGAAAAAUUUAAGCAGCCUUGAAAAACAGAAAUAUUCUUUCUCUUCCACCCCCACCCUCUCUUAAGGAUGGAGCCAAUUUCUUCUGCUGUUGGAACAUGAUCUGAAUUGUGUUGCACAUUGAAUUCCUGUUCUGAUGCCGUGUUGUCACGUAGCUUUUAUUUCUGUUGUGACAGAGCACCCACCCUAAAUUCUGGAGGCUCAGGGUCGUGUUAGGAUUCACUGGCCCUGUGGAACAGUAGCCUGUAUACCGUAUUUUUCCGUGUAUAAGACUAGGUUUCCCCCUAAAAAAUAAUGUCAAAAAUUAGGGGGCAUCUUGUACUCUGGGCCAUCUCCCUCCUAUUCUUCAAUCUGAGUCCCCAAAAAUAGGGGGCGUCUUAAACAUGGGGGUGUCUUAUAGACGGAAAAAUGCAGUAAUUUUCUUCUACCAACAACAUCUUUAAAACUAUCAGCACUUAAAAAACAAAGAUGUGACUUACGAGUAGGAAUGGGGAAGGUUGGAAUAAAGCAGUACUGGUGCAAAGAGGGGGGGAAAUCCCUACUUACAAACAUUGUAAGCGUGUUGAUAACAAUUUACUAUUGAUAAGCGUUUGAUCUCAAAAGUACACUGAGAUCUGCAUAUAAUUGUUUAUCACAAUGCUGGCUUCUCCUGAUGCACUGAUCAUAGCCAGGAGGAACAAUAGCCUCCUAUCUGCAUACUACUGUUUCAAUCAGUUCUAUCCAAUAAGGUCUGCAUGACCUGCUAGUUCAGUCUAUAGUAACCUGCUUAUCUCAAGAUUCUUCCUGUAAAUGCUUUCUCUUCUCACCAUCUCUUGUACAGGACAGGAAGCUUGAAACACUGAACAGUUGAAGGGUGCCAGCAUGAGGCUGGGGGAGGGAGGAGACUGAAUGCUGGGAGUGGGAAGUUAGUUGCCACCACAUUCCAGGCAGGAAAAGGUAGAUCGCUGUGUAUACCUCCAAUAUGUAGGAGAAGCUAUCUGAUUAGUGACAAACAUUUCCUAUACUGUACUGUAUUUCCACUGAUACGUUUUUAGUGAGGAUGAAUCAGUAUGUAUAACCAAACCUGAAAUAGUAUUUGAGACAUGUCACGGGAUAAAAGGAACUAAGAGGGAGUCAAAUGCUUUUCCAUUGGAGAAAAUGAAACUUGUAAACCGGGCAGCUGGUGCUGUAUAAGUCCCCAAGCAAGCUGGCAUUUCCACAUGUGUAGUUUUUCAAAUCAAAAUGACCAUAUAAUCUCUUAACGUGGCGUGGAUUUUAUUUAGAGCAAAGUUCAGUUGAACUACCUUGGUUUGAACAUGUAUAUGUCAUUGUAUAAAGGAUUGUCAUGAUG